GGAGUUUACUUUUUUUUUACAAAAAGGUGAUUUUUUUUAUGGGGGUGAAAAGGACAUUGUUGAGAAACAGGUGCUGGUCUAUCCCUCCAACUCCAACCUCGUUGAUGAUAUAGUUAUAACGUGUCCGCCGCGAAACUCAACAUUCCGUCGCGCAGUGUUUGGUCGGUGCAGCGUUAAGGGUGGAACCAGCGGCGAAAUGGCGAGCAUUUCAAACUUAACCAACGCUCUGCCACUGCAUAUUCGAAGGUUUCGACCUUGUGGCUACUCUUCUUCUCUGUGUACUCUGUCUUGUUCUCUCGCCGAGGAGGUCGACCCCAAACCACCCAUUCCCAAACCUAAUUCGUACUUCCCGAAGCGUGGCCAAACCCUUGAACUCAUGUGCGAGUCCCUCGCCUUCAAAGGCAAGGGCCUCUGCAAGGUCACAGAAACAGGCUUCGUUGUCCUAUGCGACCGCGCACUUCCCGGAGAACACUUCAUUGGCCGCGUCACUCGCAAAAAGGGAAAUUACGCCGAGGUAACUAAGGUGAAGACCAUAACUCCUCCACGCGACAUUGUGGAUGCUCCUUGUGUUUACGCUCCGUAUUGUGGAGGCUGCAAGACGCAGAACUUGUCCUACGAGGCUCAGGUCAGAGCCAAGGAAGAGCAGGUCCGUGACUUGUUGAUUCACGUGGGAAGGUUUUCGGGCGAACUGGUUCAGUUGUACGGCGUUAUGAAGCCAAUUGUACCUUGUGAUAUCCAGUUUCAUUAUAGGAAUAAGAUGGAAUUCUCCUUUGGUCCCCAAAGAUGGUUGCCUAGAGAAUCACUGCAUGAGCGACGAGCUGUUGAUGCUGAUAAUGAAAAUGAGAAUUUUGCGCUGGGAUUGCAUGCUCCGGGUUUUUUUGAUAAAAUUCUAAAUGUUGACAAGUGCUUAUUGCAAUCUCAUCCUGCUAAUAAGGUACUUGCAGCCAUCCAAGAAUGUUGGAGAGAUCCACAACUUGGUUUUUCUCCAUAUGAUGUUCAUUCACACAAGGGAUUUCUUAAGCAUUUGAUGCUGAGAUCGGGAAGGGAUGUCACAACUGGUCAGCCUGAAGUUAUGGUCAACUUUGUGAGCUCUUCCUACAAACCAGACCUGUUGAAGUUCCUUGUUGAUAAAGUUUCUGCAUUUCCUGAAGUGGUAAGUGUCGUUAAUAAUGUAAAUACUUCUGUUGGUAACACAUCGGUUGGAGAGGAAGAAUACACUUUGUAUGGGAAAUCUAGCAUCAGAGAGACAUUAAGAGGGCUUACAUUCCAAAUAUCAGCAAACUCUUUCUUUCAAACAAACACUUAUCAGGCAGAGGUUUUAUAUAAGCUUAUAGAAGAUUGUGCUGGUGUCAAGGGUGAUGGCUCUGAAAUUGUCCUUGACCUGUUUUGUGGAACAGGCACCAUAGGUCUGACGCUUGCAAGAAGGGUAAGUCAUGUUUAUGGCUAUGAAGUAGUUCCUCAAGCCAUCGCAGAUGCUUGUCUUAAUGCCAAGAUAAAUGGCAUACAGAAUGCAACAUUUAUCCAGGGAGAUCUAAAUAAAAUUGAUGAAAAUUUUGGGAAGAAUUUUCCUAAACCUGAUAUCGUCAUUUCAGAUCCCAAUCGUCCAGGAAUGCACAUGAAGUUGAUUAAAUUCCUGCUUAAUCUUAAGGCACCUCGCAUAGUGUAUGUGUCAUGUAAUCCUGCCACAUGUGCACGUGAUCUUGAUUUUCUUUGUCACGGCGUGGCCGAACAGAAUAUAAACGGAUGUUACAAACUAAUAAGCCUACAGCCAGUUGACAUGUUCCCACACACACCUCAUAUUGAGUGUGUUUGCCUUCUGGAGCUUCAGUAAUCUAUGAUCAAUUAAAACUUCCAUUUCAAGGGAAUUACAAGCUUAAUACAAGAUAAAAAUAAAGGUUUGAUCUUCAAGGCGAUAAAUAGGAAAACUCGUACAUUUAUGCUGCAAGGUGUGACACUAUUACAUUAAUGCUUUGCCGACCAAAAAUUCAUUUUGAAUGGUUAUAGCAUUGGAAAACAAGCAUGGAUUACACUGUUGCAACCCUACAAAAGUUUCUCAUACAUUAGUAUUUAACAGAGGUUCCAAAAGAUUGGAUUCAUGCUUAGCAGCAUCGAAAUGUGGAUUACCGUUGAGUGUUGAUCCCACUUCACAUGAUCCGGCAAGUCCAUCAUGAGAUUGAUCAUAUGCUACACUUGUCAGAUCCUUGCAUACCUGAAGUGGAAAGUGCAAGUCCAUCUUGAAAUAUUAGAUGUCUAGUUGGAUGUAGGGUUGGGGUUAGGGCGAGUGUGAUGGUGAGGGUUAGGGUUAGAGCGAUGGUUAGAGCAUUGAUUAGGGUUAGGGUUAUGCCAAGGCUAAAGGUAUCUUGACGAAUGAGAAACAUGAAGAUGUAGAUGUAGAAAGGAACUCAGUUACUGAGAAGUUGAUCUUCAUCAUGGUCAAGAAGAAGUCGGUCAUGAUUAAUAAGUUGGCCAAGGUUAGAAAAAAGUCUGCUAAGGUGAAAAACAAGUCUAUCACGAAGGAAGAACCCUAUUGUUAGUGUAAGGAGCAAGUUCGGUUGAGAUAAUGCACUUGAAAAGUCGGGAUAUGGGAGAAGAAUGAAAGCUAGAAGAAACCUUCAUGUUUAGGAGAGAGUUUUGUUAGGAUAAAUUUAAAUACAAUAAAAUUAAAUGAAUUGUUUAUUUGUUUAAAAA